UUGGCGCUGUCGUGGCCCCCACCCUGCGUCCGUUGACAUGUCAAGAAUCUGACAUUUUCUACGUCUAGUACGUCAGUGACAGUGCUUUUACAAUAAAUUAAAUUUGAAAUUGUUAAAAAACUGUUUAUUGUUAUUGUAAAUACUAGCAAUGGCUUCAGGCAAAAAGGGCAAAAAGAACAAAGGCAAAACGCUGGCGUUGAGCGACUUCCUGCAGGAGACGCCCGGCCCUGUGGCCACCAUGCCCAUAAGGAAGUCGACGAUGAAUUGGGCCGACGAAGUGGAGGAUAAUCAUGAUGUGUAUGACCCACGCUCGGCCAAAGCAAGUGUUGUGUUGCCCACAGCGCCCAAGGCGUCGCGGGACUUUGACGAUAUUAUUGAUAAAGUUCCACAGGAGCCCCCAUUUAUCGCAUAUCUGACCAAUCUGCCGUAUGAUGUCGACGAGAGCGAAAUUGCGGCGUUUUUCAAGAACAUGAAGAUUUCGCACAUGCGAAUCCCUAAAGACGAAAGACCCGGCGAAGCGCCCCGAUUAAAAGGUUUCGGUUACGUAGAAUUCGAAGAUAGAGAAAGUUUAUUAAAUGCCUUGGUUAUUCCCGAUACUACAAUCAAGAAUAGACGGAUACGAAUCGACGUCGCCACAGAUUACGACAAUGACAAAAGAAGAGGUGGCCGUAUGGACAUGAACCGAGAUCGUGGUGGAAGAAGUGACAUGUCGUCAUUUGGGGACUGGAGAUCGGGUCCAAGACAGGAAAAUUCAGACAUGGAGCGGAGAGGAUUCAGCAGAGAUAGAGAGCGUGAUGACAGUUCGGGUGCUUGGCGCGAGGGCAGAAGCAACCGUGAGCCCCCCGAACGCAGCUUCAACCGUUCCGACCGAUUCAGAGAAGAGCGCGAUCAGGAUUUCAGUCGUUCAAGAGACGAUAAAACAUUCAUGAGACGGGAUUACGGCGACAGAGGUGGCAGAAAUGGGGGAUUUACACGAGGUCCUCCACCGUCAAGAGAAGAAGAAGCGCCGAGUGAACCGCGACAAAGACCGAAACUAGUUUUAACUCCUCGAACUAAACCGGUGGAAAACGAACCGGAAAAGGCCGUUUCACACGCGUCUAUUUUUGGCAACGCCAAACCUGUGGACACCAGCGCAAGGGAACGCCAAAUCGAGGAAAGACUAGCCAAGGACACCGAAGCGCCACCUCGUAGAGACGUGAGCAAGGAGAGGAAAGAAGAUAAGGAAAGUGUACCACAGAAAGAGAGGAAGGAAACGGCGCCUGAGGUUGUUACAGCAGAGAAGAAAACAGUGGAAAAGGAAAAAACUCCAUCUCACAAAGACAAGUCUGAUCUUAACGGAGUUAUAGAUAAAAACCACCAAAAGCGAAACGGGGAUCAUGAUAAAAAGGACGCUGUCAAGACUGACGGCGAUAAACAUAAGCCAGAAAUCAAAAAACGAGAGGAGAAAAAGGAGAAAACUGAGAAGGAAAUGCCCAAAUUGAAGAAAGCUGAUCCUCCGAAUUUUGUUGCGAGUAAUAAGUUCGCCUAUUUGCAAACCGAAGAUAGCUCAGAUUAAUUGAUUUUGUAAAAAUUCGCCCAAAUAGUAAAAGGUUUCAUUUAUUACCCAUGUUAUUAUUUUUUUAAUCUUCAGUGAUGUGGUGUCUGAAAAUUACAUUUAUACAUAAUAUACAAAAUAAUAAUUAUUUAAAAGUGAAA